AUGGACGGAUUGAUAUCGGAUCAAAUGGAUCUGGAUGAAAUUGAGACCGAUUUCCCUCGGCGGGCCUGUCAUCGCUACUCCCAUCCUUACCGUACACUGACUACGCGCAACGAUGAUGGAGUUUCCUCCUCGCUCGCAUCUCUAACAUCAGUUUCCAUCCAACACGUCCAGGAUCCUCAAGCCAUCGCCACCACGCCUAUCAUCUCAGUGGACCUUAACCCCGGCAACGUCACAAGGACGCCUUCGAGAAUUCUACUUCUCACCACGUGCUCUCGACGCUGCAAAAUGAAGUUCGGAAAGCAUAUCCAGAAGCGCCAGCUUGAGGUGCCUGAAUACGCUGCAAGCUUUGUUAACUACAAGGCCCUGAAAAAGCUCAUCAAGAAAUUGUCAGCGACACCGACGCUGGGCACUCUCAAUGAUUUCCAGCGCCCUUCCACACCUCUAGAUCCCCAAGCCUCCCUUCAGGCGAAUAAAGCGACAUUCUUCUUCCAGUUGGAACGAGAACUCGAAAAGGUCAACGCGUUUUACUUACAAAAAGAGGCAGAGCUUAAAAUAAGGUUAAAAACGCUUCUCGACAAAAGAAAGCCCUUCAAUCCCGCCCCCGGGAACGCUCGGAGGUCCGCCAAGGUUACGGCCCUCGAGGAGGGCUUUCAGCAAUUUGCGGCCGACCUCAACAAACUCCAGCAGUUUGUGGAAGUCAACGGCACAGCGUUCUCCAAGAUCCUCAAGAAAUGGGACAAGACAUCUAAAUCCAAGACGAAGGAGCUCUACCUUUCAAGGGCAGUCGAAGUCCAACCUUUCUUCAACCCUGUCGUCAUUAGCGAACUUUCAGACCAGGCGACAACCAGCUUGCAAGAGCUCGGCGCCUGGGCCGAAGGUGAUCAUGUCGGCCUCGAGGUUCGACAUGAGCAUGUGGUGACGAGCCAGCACAUCCCAGGCACCGAUGACGGAGAUGUCGACUUCAUCCUCCUCGACACGACCGUGACCGGUAACGUUGAAUCGCUCAAGGACCUCCUCGUUCGUAUGAAGGCGGCUAGCGACGAAUCAGGCAGCGACGGCAUCCCUCUAGGCGACCGUGUCACCCGAACUUUCCUCGCAGCCAUUCACGAAGCACCAGAGAACACCCUGAGUAUACUACUAGAAUCGGGCCUUGUCGAUAUCCAGUCUGAGGAUGACAUCAACGAAAGGAAUUGUCUCCACCAAGCCGCCAUCUAUGGCAAACCGUUCGUUCUGAUGUACGGCCUCUCCAAGGGCGUUGCCGCCGACCGGACCGACGUCUACGGAAGGGUGCCUCUCCAUUAUGCUAGCAUGCACGGGUGGUUGGAGAUGCUGAACGCUCUACUACAAGCCGAUUUACGGACACUAGAUCUCAAAGAUCACGACAACUUCACGCCGUUGCUCCACGCCAUCAUCCACGAUCGAUUCGAGUGUGUAUCGAGGCUUGUCUCCGAAUCAGCCCGCCUCGACGCGGCCUCAGACACGGACCAUGUCCCACUAAAUUUAGCCUGCGAGCGAGGAUCCCUACGUGUAGUCGAACUCCUUCUGGGCAGCGGGGCCAGGAUCGUUCCUGAUGCGGAAGGAUUAUACCCCCAGCAUCUUGUGGCCAGGUCCGUCAGGACACCUAGGAUGCUCGGCCUGCUAAAACAAUACGGCGCGAAUCUCGACCAGAUUGACAAGCUUUAUGGGUGGACGCCCUUAGUCCACGCCGCUAGCGAGGGUAACGUACCGUGCCUGGAAGCCCUACUCGAAGCGGGCGCGGAUCCCCUCAUUGUAGAUGAGAAGGGCCUUCCGGCAGUUUACUACGCGGCUUGGGAAGGGCACCUGACAUGUAUGAAGCUGCUGACUCCGUACAAUCAGAGGGCAAGAGCGAGUCCCUUGAUGAGGCAGCCUACGGCGCAGUUCAGUGGCCCUCUGGGAAGCAGCAGCGCGCCUGCGCCCAUGGCGUUGGACCCCGACGCCAUCCCCGCCCUCGAACUCCCCUCCGAUCAUCCCCUCCGCAGCUUCGACGAAGUUGACGAGCCGGCCAUGGUGUUUUUCCACGACGGCAAGUAUCCCGCGGCCCGACUCACCAUUUCGUCCAAGGUCGACAACCUGGAGACGUUUACGCUUGAUUUUGAUGUGUUUCCCACCUAUGGCGCAAAGGUUAUUGGCAAGACGGUGGCUCUCCCUAGUACCUUUAGGACCCCCAACUCUGGCACUUGCUGCUUGCCGCUCUUCGACCCCCGGCUUCGCGCCAUUGGUCAGAUCAGCUUCAGCACGCAAGUCAUCAAGCCUUUCAAGGGGCAGACUCUUGAGAUUACGGACUUCGAGACGUACUGGAAGGCCACGAGUCAGUUCGAAGAAACCACGAGCACAUUUGUCACCGGAUCCAGUCUUACUGGUGACUAUGUCAGACUAUACGUGCAAUACACGAGCGACGGAACACCGGUUCUGUGGCCGUCUUGGACCCUGACAUGCGGGCCCCUAGAUACCCCCAUUUGCCGACUCACCUUUGAGCAGUUCAACACCCUGACGAGCGACAGCCCGGCUCGCAAGCUCGUUGCUGCCCUUCCUUCGCGGCCGCUGGAUGAGAUCUCGGACGUGCACCGUGUCUUGGCCACAGCCGGUAUCAGGCUCGUGGACGCGCUACCCCUCAUUCCCCAUGGGAUGCACGUCAACAUCCAUGUCGUUUAUCCCACGGAGGAGGAUGAGAAGCGCUGGAACCUCGGCCCCGCGGUCGACCUGAACACCUUUGCAGACUCGAUCCUCUCCAUCGUUUUUGACCACGCGCGGGCCCAGCGCGGGCAUUCCCCGAUAUCCGGGCGGGGAACAACGUCCGUCAAGGAGGCGGUCCGCAUUGCUACGAGCAACAACUUUAUGGGUCUCAUCUGCUGUUCACGGUUAUUGGACAUGGUUCCGGCCCUCAUCGAUUCUAUCAAGUCCCACGGUUUGGCUUUAGUCAUGGAUAUGUCGGGCUCGCACACCAUACCCAGCCCCUUUGCCGAUCCCUUUGCACGGCCACCUGACGGUGUCGACGGCGUCCUGAAAACCCAUGGGGUUUUACGCUUUACCGAGUCUAUAGACAUUUGA